AUGCUGCGAGCAGCGCUGAUGUUGGCGCUGAGCUCCACAGCUUUGGCUGUGUUUGAGUGUUCCAAUCAAGAAACAACCGCCUUCGUGCGCAUCGCUAGAGCUCGCCUUGAUGGAACUCCAGUGGUUGUGUCCACUGCUGGUCAUGACCUCACCUGCGCUCAGUACUGUCGAAACAAUAUCGAACCAACCACUGGUGCUCAGCGAGUUUGUGCAGCGUUCAAUUUUGAUGGACGAGAAACUUGCUACUUCUUCGAUGACGCCGCUUCUCCAGCCGGGACAAGCCAGCUGACUGCAAAUCCUUCCGCGAACAAUUUUUAUUAUGAGAAAACCUGUUUACCAGGAGUUUCUGCCCAUGAAGCAUGCACCUAUCGGUCAUUUUCCUUCGAGCGAAUGCGAAAAACAGUCUUGGAGGGAUUCGUCAGAAAGAGCGUGCAGGUUGUCGAGAACGCGAAGCAAAUUAGUAUCACCUUCCCACCACCAACGGUGUCAUCGGACUGUGGUACCGUCAUUAGGGAUGGUAGGAUGGAAGCGCUCGUUGUCGUUUCACUCGAUGGUGUCCUCCCUCACCAGGUCACUACAGAAUGGGACCGAUUCUACCGUGUCUCCUGCGACGUCUCUAUGGAUAAGAUGACCAAGGAGGGUUCCGUUGUUGUCACAACUAUCUAUGAGGCCAGUUCGCAAAACACGACGGUUCUUGAAGUGGCCACCCCUCCCCCAGUCACCGCAGAGCUCACCAUUCUCAAUCAACUUGAAGAGCCUUUGCAUAAGUCGAACUGCUUGGACUCUGGCACAAACGAGCUGUUCAUGUCACACGGACGGAAAAAGCGUUCAACGCAGCCUACUGAAGGGCAAAGCGAAGAAACAUUGUCGGCUAUCAUUCGUGUGCUUGCCAAAGGAGAGGAAGAGGAAUUACAGUCCAGUAAUCGACGCUUCUCAGGCGUGAACGACCUGGAUCUGGUGUGCAUGUCCGAGACGUGGUUCGUCUCCUCGAUAGUGUCCGUGUCCGUGUGCUGCCUGCUGUUCUCCGCCCUCAUCGUUGUUUGGGGAUGCCAUUCUUUGAACACCACCAAAGUCAAACUUCCUAUGUAG